GCGGGGUUUCGCAGCAUCACAUGUUACUGUGAGUGGGAGAAGCGAGGCUCCCUGCCCCUCAGUGCGCUGUACCCGCGGCUUCAGACGGCGACAGCGAAGCUCAGCACCCGGUCGCACAGACUCGAGACCGCAAACCAUCUCACACAUUGCAAAACUUGCAGUUUUACUCCAUUUCCGCGUACAAGAUGGCUGACAACGCACAGGGCAGCGACGGCGAAGGGGGUGAGCGGAUGAGGGGCUUCGCAAGGCAGGGCGCCCUGAGGCAGAAGAACGUGCAUGAAGUGAAGAACCAUAAGUUCAUCGCCCGCUUCUUCAAGCAGCCGACGUUUUGCAGCCACUGCACGGACUUCAUCUGGGGGUUCGGCAAACAGGGAUUUCAGUGUCAAGUUUGCUGCUUCGUCGUGCACAAACGGUGCCAUGAAUUUGUCACCUUCACGUGCCCCGGCGCGGACAAGGGCCCUUCCUCAGACGAUCCACGGAGCAAACACAAGUUCAAGGUGCACACCUACUCCAGCCCCACGUUUUGUGACCACUGCGGCUCUCUGCUGUACGGCCUCAUCCACCAGGGGAUGCGCUGCGACACCUGCAUGAUGAACAUCCACAAACGCUGCGUGGCCAACGUGCCGAGCCUGUGCGGGACAGACCACACGGAGCGGCGGGGGCGAAUUUACAUCAAAGCCGAGAUCAAGAACACCCUGCUGACCGUUUCGGUCAAGGAGGCUAGGAACCUGGUGCCCAUGGACCCCAAUGGUCUGUCGGACCCUUAUGUGAAACUGAAGCUCAUUCCUGACCCGAAGAGUGAGAGCAAGCAGAAGACCAAGACCAUCAAGUGCUGCCUCAACCCAACUUGGAAUGAGAACUUUAAAUUCAAUCUGAAGGAGGCUGACAAAGACCGAAGGCUGUCCGUGGAGAUUUGGGACUGGGACCUGACCAGCCGCAAUGACUUCAUGGGCUCGUUGUCAUUCGGGAUCUCAGAGCUGCAGAAGCAGGGGGUGGAUGGCUGGUUCAAGCUGCUCAGUCAGGAGGAAGGAGAGUACUUCAAUGUUCCUGUACCCCCCGAGGGAGAGGAAGGCAACGAGGAGCUGAUGCAGAAGUUCCAGAGAGCCAAGGUCGGCCCCAGCACGAAGAACACGGACAGCUCCUCCUCCAACGCUAUCUCCAAGUACGACAGCAAUGGCAACCAGGAUCGCAUGAAGCUGUCUGACUUCAACUUCCUCAUGGUCCUGGGGAAGGGCAGUUUUGGGAAGGUGAUGCUGGCGGAUCGAAAGGGCACAGAGGAGCUGUACGCCAUCAAGAUCCUGAAGAAGGAUGUGGUGAUCCAGGACGACGAUGUGGAAUGCACCAUGGUGGAGAAGAGAGUGCUGGCGCUGGCGGGGAAACCGCCCUUCCUGACCCAGCUACACUCCUGCUUCCAGACUAUGGACCGCCUGUACUUUGUGAUGGAGUACAUCAACGGGGGAGACCUCAUGUACCAGAUCCAACAAGUAGGGAAGUUCAAGGAACCUCACGCAGUGUUCUACGCAGCUGAGAUUGCCAUUGGCCUCUUCUUUCUGCACACAAAGGGUAUCAUUUACAGGGACCUGAAACUGGACAAUGUGAUGCUGGACGCCGAGGGUCACAUCAAGAUCGCCGAUUUCGGAAUGUGCAAGGAGAACAUGUGGGAUGCGGUGACCACCAAGACCUUCUGCGGCACCCCUGAUUACAUCGCCCCUGAGAUCAUCGCAUACCAACCGUAUGGAAAGUCAGUGGAUUGGUGGGCCUUUGGGGUCCUCCUCUAUGAGAUGCUCGCUGGCCAGCCCCCAUUUGACGGGGAGGAUGAGGACGAGCUCUUCCAGUCUAUAAUGGAGCACCACGUGUCCUACCCCAAGUCUAUGUCCAAGGAAGCCGUCGCCAUCUGUAAAGGGCUGAUGACGAAGCAUCCCGGCAAGCGGCUGGGCUGUGGCCCCGAGGGCGAGCGUGACAUCCGAGAGCACAGCUUCUUCCGCUACAUGGACUGGGAGAAGCUGGAGAACAAGGAGGUCCAGCCGCCAUUCAAACCCAAAGCGAAAAACAAGAAGGACACAUGCAACUUCGACAAGGAGUUCACCAAGAUGCCCGUGGAGAUGACCCCCACUGACAAGCUCUUCAUCAUGAACCUGGACCAGAACGAGUUCAUGGGCUUCACCUACACCAACCCUGAGUUUGUCAUCCAGGUGUAGCCUAGCAUGGGAAGUCACAAUCUCCAACCUUAGGCUGCUGUCUGCGUGUCUGUGUGUGUUUACUGUGUGUUUGUGUGUGCGCGUGUGUGCGUGCGUGUGUGUGUGUGUGUGUGUGUGUUCAUGCGCCUGCAGUUACCCUCAGGGAGCUAUGACCUCACUCCGCAACUUCCUGGAUUGGCAGGAAAUUUAAAGACAGGGUCAGAGGUUUAAAUAGUUCUGGACUGUUUUUUGUUUUGUUUUUGUUUCGUUUUGUUUUGUUUUGUUUUGUUUUGUUUUCCUCCGCUGUGGCAGUCAAAGCUGUGGAUUUGUCUGGUAGGCAAAUCUAGACUAUGUUGCUUGGACCUAGGCAUAGCAGGAAACACCGCAAGGCAGCACCGUCUGCCAAGCAACAGUACGAGUGACUUCAUAGCCUCCUUGUGUGUCACUAUUCUGACGACUCUAUUUUUCUAUUUUUCUAAGGCUGCGUUUAAGCCUCCUCUGCUUGGUGUUGUCAGACUGCCGUCUUGCUGCAGGUAAUCCUGCAGAAAAUUGAGAGAACAGCAACAGCAAACAUGACAAACCCCAAGGAAGCAAUUUAACGAACAACAAUAACACAUCCCUCAAUUAUUUAUUUGUGUUUGUUGUUCAGCUGCUCCGUUUCUCAGAACAGUGUAUUUAUUUUAUUUAUUUUUUUGUUUGUCUGUUUUCUUUUGCAGUAAUGUUUAUUUCAUUGCCUCGAACUUAUUAGUUCAUGGCCGGCAAAGCCACCGGAAAUGAUUUCCUAAGUUGGCUGAGUCUUUCAAGGUCACCCAGCCUUUUUUUUUGUUGGUCUCUCAGUGCUAACAGUAAGGCUAAAAGGGCAGGCAGAACAUGUUUACACUGCAAGCUUCCAUACGGCAAUGAUGAAUAUUUGGAGGUGACGCCGAACCUGUCCGAAUCUACCGAUGCUGCGGCUUUUUAAGAAGGGGAAGCGGGACAAUGGGGGCUAAUCAGGGCUGCACAGCUGUGCCCCCACCCACCCCCACCCUCCGCUCACGGAGAUGAAGCUCCUCAAAAACCCUCCCAGGAGCUGAUGAAACGUCUUCACUCCUGCUACAUUGCGACUCUGUAUGUAUAGCUGCAAUAUUCCGGGGCGGAUCGGCAACUGACUACAGCACUGAUUUCAGGAAAAUAUAAGCACGGUUUUAGGGCACAUUUAUUUGCUUUUCUUAUAUGGGGUGUUUAAUUAUUGGAUGUAGAUUUCCCCGAAGCACACACACAUACGCUGUACUCUGUCAGUACUCUGUCAGUACUCUGUCAGUACUCUGUCAGUACUCUGUCCAUGCCUGGCGUGUCUUGCCUGUCGUGGGACCUGCAGAAAAUGGGCAUGUGUCCCGUCACAUAGUAGCUCGCUCCUGUCAGUGCUGUGUUCUCGUCUCGAACCUGAGCCCUCGUCAGACCGUACUUUUUCACAAGGUUAGUGCCUCUGAACACACGGCUUAUGCAAACCAUCCAUCCGGAGAUUUGUGACGAGACAUGGGUCACAUAUUACGGAGAAAUUCUUGAGCACAGUUCAUAUAGGAGUAAAUUAAUGGACUAUAACUAUUAUUAUCACUAAUAUUAAUAUUUUUUGGUCUAGCCAAAACAGAAGGGAAAUUUUAGUCUAGAUUUUAUAGUUAUUCUAUGCAUGCAUGUUUUAUUUGAUUCAAUAAUGUUAGUACUGUAUAUCAUGUUAAUUCUGACGUGAAUUUGUUCAACGCUCUUGUAUGUGUAUACUAUGCUUUUUUGCCAAAUAGAAAAUAGAUAUUUUUGUUCCUUUAUAAAUGUCCCAGUAUCUUAAAGUCAGAUGAUGGGUGAAAUUGUUCAGCAUACAUAUUAAUGCGAGAAGCUGACAGGACAUGGAGACUGAAUGGGGAAUGAGAAAUUUGAAUAUUCAGAUCUGUGAGUCAGUUUGCAAAAUCUGGCUGAAUUUUUCAAGGUCGAUCAACGUGAUUGACACACAUCUGCACGCUGAAGUAAACUUCUGUAUGAAAACAUGAAUAUUGUUUUCUGUUUGGCAUUCCCUAAUGUGUAUAUAGUCUUCCAGUUAGAAUCUUGAAGAUAUUAAUGGGACUUUGAUCGCAGUCUUGCGUCGGUAAAGACUCCGCAUAUCCAUGCCGGUUUUCUCGCUUCUCUUUUGCGCCGGUUAGAGGCUACGUUGAUGCGUAUCGAUGGCCUCCCUGCCCAGUUAGUCUGCACACCCGAAGUAGAGGUAGCACCGUGAUGACAUCAGCAUCAGCUGGGCCCUAGCUGCUUUCCCAUUGGCUGACUGGAAACACCGGUGCUGCUCCGGGCGGGACGGGUCGGUUGCCGCGGGAACGCCGCCUGCUUCAACAGAGUUAUUGUAAACUGCAGCAGUGUGUUCCCAUGUUUGUGGUUGUGACCCCAAUAAAUUUUUCUCACCUAUGGAACAA